GUAUCGGACAAGUACCUGGUGCACUACCCGCCCUUCAUGCACGUGGACGGACUCGAACAGUCGAGCCUGGGCCUCCACUUCCGCGCUACCCACGCCCACUUCCCCCACAACCUGAUGUCCCUCCGCUGCACCGCCUCCAUCGGCAUCUUCUAUAACAAGACGGAGGAGGCCAGCCUUGAGACUCACCGCCCGGCGCUCUCACUUGAGAGUCGUGAACAUUUCUACGGAAGCCAAGGGUCCGCCGGCGUCUCCAGCAUCUUGGGCAUCACCACCGGGCUCUUGCUCUCAGCUCUCAACGCUCUCAGAUAAACAACCGUCGCCUCUCAGGAGUGGGGGAGAGACCGAACGGUCUCUUGGAAGCAGAGGCGUCGCCUGAGGUCUCCCUAUAUCGAAAGACCACACGCUUGAGGUCUCCAAACAUGAGGCAGCGUUGGAGGAUUCCGGUUAAGACUUUGCAGCCUCCAAGCAAGAAGCCCUUUGCUGUGUCUCUGGGAGUCCUCAGGGCUGUAGAGGGGGGCUAGCCAGCCCCUCUCCUCUAUCUCUCACAGGGAGAAAACAUCUGAAAGAGUAACAAAGUGGAUAUAAUAUCAUAUUUUCCGUGUUGUGAACCUCAGUAAGUUUUCAAAGUGGUAUACCACCCAAAUUGAGAUGCGGAAGAAAGCAAGAUUUCGCAAGCGGAAUAUUAGUUCUGAGAGCCAAGAGCCACUUAUGUCUGGUGGGAGGACUUACGACCUCUCAGUGUGCGUCUCUAGCAGCACUUACGACACUCGUAACGCCUUGAGGCCAAUCCAGACCUCGCGCCUGGCAGUAGUGAUAUUUUCUGAGAUAUGUAAUGUGUUGUUAUGGUGAUAGUUAAAUGCUUGUGUAUUGUACUCUCCCUCAGUGCUAGCCCCCACCACAACCUCCCGUAACCCCACCACAACCUCCCGUAACCCCACCACAACCUCCCGU